AUGGCGUCGCCAGACGGACUUUCUGCUACCAAGCCUUCCGGUAUUUUCUACACAUGCCAGAACGACCUUCGAAGUUCACAUUUCCUGUUUCCCAAGGUUGGUGAAGAAAGCGCCAAAGCUUUUCAACUAUACCUUCAGGAUUGGGGCAUGAAGCUCCCUACCCUCCACCAAGGGUAUGAGCAACUACUUAACCUACAAGCGCUGUUCUGGCGGAAAGUUACCGGUAUCGACGAGAUGGAUUAUCAAUCCUCGAAGCCUCCAAAUGCCAACCAGACAUACCGUUGGACAGAUGACCAGGAUUUGGCUGAGCAUAGGGACUAUGUUCUACAUGCGCUCGAAGGUAGAGGCUCUGGCAAAGUGUAUCAAACCAAAGGUGAUCUCGUAUUCAUCGUUAGAGAUGAUUCGAAGAAAGGUUGCGACAAUCUUUCCUGCCCAGAAGUAGGAGAAGACACACUUGAAAGAACCAAGAGGGGCCCUCUUUCCAUCACACUUGAACCACUCCUUGAUUGGGGAACCGUCACGCCGGCUUCUGACAUGUACGUGGCUUCUGGUAAAAUCAUCGCUUUUCGCCGUAAUGGACCGAGAAUGAAUGAUCCUUUGUGGACUCAACAGGUCAAAAAGUUGGUACCUAAGCAGACACGCACAUACUGUUUGGACUGCCUGGGAGAGCUUGUGAAUCGACGGGCAGAGGCGCAGUCUACCACCAACCGGUCCGCGGGUCAGUCACAACAAGGUAGAUAUCACCAUGUUCCUACCCGACCUAUUCAGCAUCCAACUUCUAGGAGCGAACUUUACGAUAUGAGGGAGGCGGGCGGGCUUGACGAUGCUUCGAGCUGUGAAGGCCUGGUUCCCUCGACUGCUGGCUCGCUACAGCUCGAUGGCGUGACUGAACAAACUCCCUACACAGAGUCCCAUAACUAUGCACCCGCCAAGAUGAAUGACCGCGAGAGCUCUUGGGCGGUUGAGCACAAGACGGGCUUCGUUAAGCAUACAAUGAGCGGCAAAGGAUUAUCCCGUUCACAGCGCCUUCCAGGUACCUACUCUCCACCAGUCGCUCAUAGCAGAGUUGACAGCGUCCACUCCCAUUCAUCGACUGACAGCUCUUCUUAUUACACUCUCCCUUGCCACAACUCUCAACUGUUGACUCCUGGAUCAUCAGGAAACUCCGCUUUCGUUUAUCGAGACCCUACAUCCGUACAGCAAAACGAAUACGAAAAGCUGGGCAGCGCAAUCCUCCUAGAGAACAGUGUACCUGAUUUUGGGAGUGGUCAUCGCGAAUUUGGCCGUGACGUUGAAACUAACCUUGUCUGUCGUUUCUUCACCAAUCACCGAGUAAGACGCGAAAAUAUGACCAAAACCGAGGACACCAAUAUCUGCAACAUCUUUACAGUAGUGAAUCCACGCGGUCCUCUAACACUCAAACGCUCGGUCAAGACCAGCAACAUAAAUUACGAAGAGCUGAAUCUGAGUGAUGAUGCGUCUAACGCUGCAAAGGAAGACGCCGAUCCAGACACACCGGAUGGAGAAUAUACACCUAUCAAGAACAAGGGAAAAGCCAGGUCAAAGUUUGUAUCGCCGAGUAAGAAGAGAAAAAGACCAAGCCCGCCGUCAAAGCCCACGGUGAAAGCACAACAAUUCCACGCACCCGUCUACCGCAAGCACGACCCAACCACCGACGACUCACCACCCUUUGGUGUCACUCAAGCAGCCUUCGAGACAUACAACAAACACUUACCCGUAAAGAGCGACUUAAUCUGCUCCUGCCACAAGCCCGCGCGUACGAACGACGUUCCGAUCACGCAAUGCGUGAACAAGGGUUGCAAAGUACGCUGGUACCAUAAAGAUUGCCUGAGCACACGUGGCAAGUUACAAGCUAGACAUGGAACCUAUCUCUGUGAGCAAUGUCAGAAUGAAAAGUACUAUGCGGAACUAUCUCGAACCAAUGGGUGGUCUGGAAAAAGAUUGGUGCAAAAUGAGGUUGCGAUGCCUUUUACUGGGCACGAGAUGGCAGGAAUACUUGGUAACACGGGUAACUUCCAGGCUGCCGCGAAUCCGUAUGGUCUUGCCAUGUCAGCUACAAGUAACGCGCUCUCCCCUUUUGCUCAACCGUUCCUUCCGGGCAUUACGGCUGCAACAGAUGCUGCGGUUUCGAGUCGUCUGGCAGUGGGCUCCGAGCCUUCUCUUGGUUUGGAGAUGUCGCGCCCCUACUUCGUUACGGAGGCUUACACUAGGGCGGGCGAGCACCAGCAUGUUGCCGAUGAAGCGUGGGAGAAUGCGCAGAUGUGUGCGCCCUACUCUGAUGAGUGA